AUGUCGCUGCGACGCAAGUCUGGCGUUCCCGACACGCCCCGCGUCAUCUCGCCGAGCCCGACGCCGUCGGAGCAGGACAGUCCCGAGUUCGGCGGGCUGACGACGCGCUCGGCGGCCGCGCGGAAGCGCAUGUCGGCGUCGCAGCCGUUGGAGGAGCGUGGCUCCGAGGAUGAGGUCGACGGCGUGCCGGGGCUCCGAAGAUCUCGGACGAGAAGCCGAUCGCCGAUGGACAGCCGACAGCUCUCGCGCAUGACGCCCAGCCACUCCAGCCUGGCAACGAAGACGAAGACGAAGACGAAGGCGAAGGCGACGGCGACGGAGACGGCCAAGGGUGCGGCGGCGGCGGCGGCGAGCAACGGAAAGCUCGUUCCCUCCAACGGUCACCUGGCCCCUCCGCAGCCGACGUCGCUCCUGGGUUGGAGCUGGCGCGACUUCAGCCGCAGCCCAAGCCCUCUCGGCCUGAUUCCCAUCCACAGACACUGGAGGACCUUUGUGCACAAGCACGAGGUCCCCCGCAAGGCGCUCCACGUCUCCAUCGGCUUUUUCGUCGUCUGGCUGUACGUGGCCGGCACGCAGACGAGUUCGGUGCCGCCGUACCUGAUGGCGGCCCUGAUCCCCAUCGCCACGACCGACUGGCUGCGACACCGGUACGAGUCGGUCAACCGGCUGUACGUCAAGCUCCUGGGCGCGCUGAUGCGCGAGAGUGAAUACUCGGGCUGGAACGGCGUCAUCUUCUACCUCCUGGGCGCCUGGAUCGUCCUCUACUCCUUCCCCAAGGACGUCGGCGUCAUGAGCGUCCUGCUCCUCAGCUGGUGCGACACGGCGGCGAGCACCUUUGGACGCCUCUGGGGACGAUACACGCCCAGGCUCCGGCGCGGAAAGUCUCUGGCCGGCUCCUUUGCCGCCUUCCUCGUCGGCGUCGCCACCUCGUACUUUUUCUACGGCUGGCUCGUCCCGACGCUGGGGCCGAUGCCGGGCGACGAGAAGUUCAUGUUCACCGGUGCUCUGUCGCUGCCGCGCGCCUUGACGGAUGCCAUGGGCCUUUCGCACGACUCGGCCUCCGUUACGGGCGCGCUGGCCCUCGGCAUGGUGAGCCUCUGGUCUGGCUUCGUCGCCUCGGCCAGCGAGGUGGUGGACAUUUUCGGCUGGGACGACAACCUGACCAUCCCCGUCCUCAGCGGCAUCGGCAUCUGGGGAUUCCUAAAGGUCCUCGGCUAG